ACAGUCAAAAUGGACGCCACCGACCGGCUAAUGCCGGGUCCCGAGGGCAAGACACCAAGGUUUUACGAAGUAGACCGUGGCAACAAAACUGAAAGCUACAUUAGUGCGGUCUCUGGAAACCCCGUAGUGCCCGAACACAUUAUGCGGAAGGAAAAACGACAAGAACAAGAAGAAGCACCUCCACAAAAGUCUUGGGAACGACCACCGGCUCCCACUAAUCCUAAAAAUACUGAUCAAAUCGGGUUGAGCGAACAAGAGUUGGAGCAGUUUAGAAAUGAUCCUUGCUGGAAGUUUAUUAGAACCGUCCUUUUUGUGCUCUUCUGGCUCAUUUGGCUUGCUCUUUUCGCGGUUGCAAUUCUCCUGGUCUGCUUCUCCCCAACCUGCGUCCUACGCGCAAAGCCCAACUGGUGGCAGACAGCCGUAGCCUAUCACGUCUGGGUACCGUCCUUCCAGGAUUCAGAUGGUGAUGGUGUAGGAGACGUCGAUGGACUUAUUAAUCGACUCGAUCAAUUGAGAAAGUCCGGAGUUCAAACAGUGUGGCCUUCUCCGUUCUUAAUAUCGGAUGAUGAGAAGACGGCUGUAAGAAGUUUCAGUCAAAUGGACCCAAAAAUUGGUGUGAAUCAGAAGGCUGAUGAGCUUAUCAACAAGAUUCAUGAGAAAGAAAUGAAUAUUGUAAUAAGUUUCCCUAUUGCCACCACCUCACUAGAACACGAAUGGUUCUUGAACUCAGCGACGGCAAGCAAGACACCAAAUGCCAACUAUUCGCAGUUCUAUACUUGGGUCAGCAAGGCGGCAGACUCCAACUUUUUCACAGAGCACAAGAAUCUCUUCUAUCUUCAUGAGAAAGGAAAUCCAAAAUCCGCUGUACUAAACUGGCAGAACAGUAAUCUCCGUGAGCACAUGUUUAAUGCUCUUUCCAACUGGAUUGACCGCGGAGUCGAUGGAUUUGAGCUUCAAGGAAUCGAGUACCUUGCAAGAACGCCAAAUGGUACAGAACCUGACUGGAACUCAAUUUAUGACGUCAUAAGGGAUAUUAGAUUCCAUGUGGAUUCCUACUCGAACGAGAGUACAAUUGCCGAUGGAAAGAAAAUCGCCUUAUUCUCUACCAGAGAAGAAGCGAAGGAGAAGGACAAGAAGCGUAUGGCAAAGAGUGGGAUGGACACAGUCAUCAACUACGAGUUGGGAGAAGUUGAGAAGGACACUAAGAUUUGUCACAAGAACGAGGGAUCAGUUGCCACUUGUGUUCACGAGAUUCUGUCCGACGUCCUGCUGUUCCAUUCGUUGAACGAGCAAGUUUGGCCUCAUUGGAGAUUCGGCUCCCCGGACCUGGCUCGAAUUGCGUCCCGUGUCGGAUCCCGUCCACAUGCACAACUCCUGAUGGUUCUCCAAAUGAUUCUACCUGGAACUAACAAUAUCUACUACGGUGAGGAAAUCGGCAUGCGAAAUCUGGCGAAUGACUCCAGAGUCCCACCACAGAAGGGUGCGAUGCAAUGGGAUGACUCGUUGAACGGAGGAUUCACAUCAGCCAUCAGUCCGCCGGUUCCGUCAAAUAUCGACGUGGCGAAUAUUAACUGGAAACGGCAAUACGCUGAGCCUCAGUCAACAUUGAAGAUUUUCGCGAAACUGGCGAAAUUGAGACAGAGAGAAGAUGCACUGAUGACUGGAACCACGCUGAUUGGGCGACUAGUUGAUGGAGCAUUCACGAUUACGAGAUUCAAUAAUUUUGAAAAUAGAACUACUGGAAAUAUCUACGUAGCCGCUCUCAACUUUGCCGAGCAUCCAGUAAAACUUCCACUGACAGACUUGCCAAGCAACUCAAAAUUGCAUAAAUCUACAAUAGUCACCGCCACAUCCAACUGUGUCGCCUACUACGCACGUCAGACAGUAGACUUUGGCUUAAAGGAAAUCGAAUUGGAACCAAAUGAAGGCGUCGUGUUCCGCUAUUCAGCAUGAUUAUCUAAUUCAUCUUGUUAUGCAAGGUUUUCCAAUAAUAUGUGUCAGAACAAAACUCUUAGAACCAAUUUUUUUGUAAUUUUCAAUUUUUCUAUGUUACCUCGGCCCCCGAUUGCUUUCGUUUUCCCUGUCAACAAUGGUGCAUACCUUCGUUUUUUCCUCUUUCUUUUCUUCGAAUUUCUCAAAUCCCCGCUACUUAUUUAUAUGGUGUGACAUAUCCGCCCCGCGUGAAUUGUUAAUUUUAAAAAUUAAAUUUUUAUAAUAAAAUAUACAAUUA